AUGAUGGACGUUAGGGGCAUUGUGUUGCUAAUGAGAUGCCCACGUAGGCGAGGAGAAGCUAGCAACAGAAAAAGACCUGUAGUGGUCGGAGGCCGGGAAGGGAAAUUCUGUGGCGAAAUCUGGUGUCCUGGCAGUGCUCCGGCGACUUGGAGGCGAAGAAAACCCGAAGGUCAUUUUCGAGGUGGUUGCGAUCAUCCAGGUGAUGUUGAAGCGAUCGGAAGAGGUGAUAGUCGCUCGGGGUUAGGUCCGGGCUGGACGGUGGGUGCGGUAGAACUUCCCAUCAAAGCUCCAGAAUUUUCUGGGAAGUCUUUUUCGCGAUGUGAGGACGCGCGUUAUCUUGCAGCAGACGAACGUUGUCGAGCUUCGAGUGCUUCUUGCCGAUCUUGUCGGCCAGUCUUUGCAGUUGGCGCAGUAGACCUCGGCAGUAACUGUCGUGUUGUUCGGCAACAGUUCGAAACGGUAGAUUCCAUGAAUUCCCCACCAGACGCUCAGCAUGACCUUCCCCUCAUCGAUUUUACCUUUCACGAAAGGAUCCGGCAUUUCAUCGCCAGCGCACCACGCACGUUUGUGGGUGUGGGUGUGGUUGACGUAGAGGACCCAUUUUUCAUCUCCAGUGACAAUGGUGUCCGGCCAGUCGAAUCUGCGGCUUCUGGAGAGCAGCUGAGUGCAGAUGUUCGGGUGUCUUUGGCGGUUGCCGUUGCUCAACGCAUUUGGGAGCCAGUGACCGAGCUUUUCACCAUUCCGAGAGAUCACAGUCCACUGCUCAGGGUGGACACGGACAGCCAAGACUGGCAGCAAAAUGCCGCACACCUUCAUAUGGAUGUUGCUCCGCCAGACUCUUCAGUUAGUCGAACGAUAUUGCGGUCGGUCGACCAGAGCGAGGCUCAUCUUCGAGUUUCUUGUUUCCGGCUUUGA